AUGUGCUCCGACUCCUUCUUCUCACAGACCCGAUCAGAACCACCCUCACCAUCUCCAUCACCUUCACCAACUUUAUCCCCCUCACCGCCCUCGCCAUCCUCAGUACCCUUACCACCUUCCACAACCUCAACUCCCACCACCAGAAGUCCUCAAGUCUUCACAACCCCAGCCUCCUCCUCUCCCACCUCUUCCCAACCCUCUUCAGCUCCCAAUUCCCAUACCUCUUCCACCGAAAGCUCCAUAUUUGACCUCUCGCUAUUCUUCUCACUCAACCCCGAACCAGCACAACUUCCCCGUGACCCCAGCACCGGCUCCAGCCCCGGCAUGCCCUCUCCAAAUCCAUUCAACUCGGAAUCGGAACCCCAAUCAAUCCCCCAAUCCACGUCCAGCUCCCAAACCAGCGAAACCUUCGCCGGCCCUGGCGGUAGAGGUAUCUGGUCCAUCACAACGGAAGAAUAUCCUCGUCCUGGACAGGGACUGGAACUGGGACUGGGAGCCAUGUCCGGCAAUCUGCAGUCCACUGAGGAAACCAGUUCAGAAGAAAGCUUCAUCUUUUUCACUAACACUGACGGACUGCCCAUGAGUCCUCUGAUGCCCUUUUCGCGGUACCGACGCGGGUUGUGGCGGAUUGGACCGUCGAGUUCUGAGGGUGAGAGCUCGGAGACGAGUCCUGAGGGGUCAGUGUAUUUGACUAGUUUUGCGCCUCCGGUGUUAUCGCACGAUGGUGUGAACGAUGCUUCGAACUCUUCGAGCACAGAGAGUUCUCAUGCGAGUCCGGAGGGGUCGAGUUACUUGGUUGCUCCUAGUUCCCCAAUCGUAGGGGAAAAUACUGUGAGCGGCGCUUUGCAGACCAGUGGCAGUUUCGUAUCCCAGAGCAGCUUGAGGACUUCAGUUUAUUUCAGUGCUCCUACGUCACCCAUCCCUUCCCAGGCUAACCCCCAAGCUGCUUCCCCUAGCAAUUCUCAACCCCCUCUGCUCACCAGCUUUAACCCACCACCUACUCCUGUCCUCGAAGUCAGAAUGCCAAUUCCCGGAUCUUGGAGCUCUUCCCAUCCCGGCUCUCCUACCUCUUCCGAGACUACUUCGCAAGAUCCCUCCCAGCAUGCUUCCCACACUUCCCAGACAACCUCCAGCCCCUACCCCAGUCUUAUUCUCCACGUAAUCAUCAUGCCUGGCUCUUGGGUUUCUUUACCUGGCUCUCCUAUUUCUUCGGUUCCGGGAUCGCCUGUUAUUGAGGCGGCUAGGGACCCUAUCAGUCCCAUUACUUCCACGAUACAAGAGGGCAGUGAGACGGACAAUACCCCGGAGAUUACCAUCACCAUUGCUGGGCUUAACAUCUGCAAUCCCACUGGUGCUGGCGCUGGCACCGACACUGACACCAGAGCCGAGGCAAGCACUAGUACCGACGAAAACAACAAUAAUGCCAACCUUGACUCGAGCAGCAACUCGAGAACUUUGGAGAGUGCCACUACUACCGGUAAUAGAAACACGGAAGAACCUAAUACUACAGAAGCGUUGACGCCUUCCCUGACCCUCACGCGCAGCUCCAGUAGCUCAAGUCUUUCCAGCACAGGUAGCACUCUGCCGCAUUGUAUUCAGCAAUGA